GUCAAUAUGUACCACCAGUGGCCCAGAGACCUUGGGUUUUCAAGCAGGAUAGGAAUAAUAUGAAAUCAGCUGCUUUGAGGAGGCAAGAAAAUCUUCAGCAGCAAAUGAGAAAUCUGACAAAAGAAGAAGUUAAGAAAUGGAAGAAGAGGCGCCAAACGAGGGUGAAAUCUUUGCACAACAAGUUGGAAAAAUUAGGUGUGGACUAUGAAUUUCAGGUCAAUGAAACAGAUGAAAAUGUAGUACAAGAAGAAAAGAAAGAGGAACAGUAA